UAAAAAUCAACAUGAAAAUCUUGUUGGUGACUUUCGCCUUGGUGGGUGCUUCUCUGGCUAGACCUGGAUACGAUGGAGCAUUGGCUGAAAAAGGAUUAGGCGGGCCCGGUACCCAGGUCGGUCUGGGCGGAUAUGGCGCACCCGUUUCGCAAAUUGGACAGGGAGGUUAUGGAGGCGCACAAAAAGGAUAUGGCGCAUCCGUUCCCGAAAAGUUACCGCUGCCCGGUUCAGUCCUGCAAAGUACACAAGGAGGAUAUGGUGGGGGACAAGGAGGAUAUGGCGGUGGACAAGGAGGGUAUGGUGCAUCCUUUCCCGAAAAGUUACAGGUAGGAAAUGGCGGAUCCGUACGUCCAGGUGCUCAAGCUGAAUACGGCAGCGGACAAGGAGGAUAUGGCGCUUCUAUUGCCCAAAAAGAUCAGGAAGGAUUUAUCGGAUCCGGGGCCCAAGGUACUCAGGGAGGAUAUGCCGGCGGACAGAGAGGGUAUGGCGGUGGACAAGGUGGAUAUGGCGCUUCUGUUCCCCAGAAAGGACAGGUUGGACUGAUCGGAUCUGAGGUCCAAAGGUAUCCAGGGGGAUACGGUGGCGGACAAGGAGGAUACGGUGGGGGACAAGGAGGAUACGGCGGCGGACAACGAGGAUACGGUGGCGGACAAGGAGGAUAUAGCGGUGGACAAGGAGGACCAAUACCUCAGAUCGACCAGAACCAGGAGUUUGGCGCCGAAGAACGCUGGGAGGUCAUUAGUUGUGAAUUGCCUAAUCCUCAUUAUCACAACGAUCACGAACAUCAUGAACAUCAUGAUCAUCAUGAACACCAUCAUAGACGCUACUAAACAGUCUAUUUAUAAAAUCACAUAAAAAGGGUAAUAAAAAACAAAAAAAACUUUUCCCAA